AUGGGGAGUGUGUUGGGGAGAGUCAACGAUCCAACGGCGAGCGAGUCGGCUCAAGAGACGGUCGCACGUGACGUGGAAGAAACGGUGGCUCUUGAGGCUCGAUAUGCAGAAGAGAAGGUGGCAUGGAAAGCCCAUAAGGCUCAAAACACAUGGGAGAGAGCGAAGAUUGCGGCACGGCGGGUAGGGACGGUGCUUGCGGUGGCGCUGAAGCUGACGAAGAUAGGGAGCGUGGUGAGUCUGAUCGGGAUCGCGACCGCGUACGGGAUGUGCGUGUGGGUAACGGUAGUGUCGAGAUACUUGUUGGCCUCGGUGCUUGGGAGGCAGCAAGCCGGUGUGGUCCAGAGCAAGGUGUAUCCCGUGUACUUCAAGGCAAUCUCUGUAGCGAUUCUGGUAGGGUUGCUUGGACACGUCAUCAGCCGGCGAAGGAAGGUACUUACCGAUGCGGUGGAGAUGUGGCAGGCCGUUAACCUCUUGUCUUCGAUCCUGAUGGUUGAAGCUAAUGCUUCAUUUGUUGAGUCACGAGCCAUCAAGGCAAUGUUUGAGCGAAUAAAAGCUGAGAAGGAAGAAGGAAGAGGACUUGGCAGGUCAGAGUCGCAGUCCAGUGAAGCCGUGGCUAGAACCAGCGGUAAGAAGGUAAUAGAGAAGACGGAUGAGGAUGCGGUGAAGCAGAGACUGACGAAGCUUGCCGAGAGGCUGACCAUCGACUCAGCCUCACUUGUUGAGUCAUCGAGCCGCUGA